AUGACCAUCCUAUCCCGCCCGUGGUUUGGGCUCACGGGUCACACCAUUUCCCAGGAGGCCAUUCCGUAUGGAACUACUGCAUUACAAUCCCCCAAGAUCCGGAUUCUAUUUUUAUACCGAAAACGCCCGGCGUCGUGGCAAGAACGCUACGAUAACGACUGGCUGGGGACCACUGGAGACUCUACAGAGACCAAGGACACGCAACCCGGCGCCCCUAUCCUCGCGAUUCUGUACAACGGCUUCAAGGCUGCGGAAGAGGAGCCGCGUCUUCUCGGUACCGUUGAAAACCGACUUGGCCUGCAGGAAUGGCUCACUUCCCAGGGCCACGAGUUCAUCGUCUCAAGCAGCAAAGAGGGACCAGACAGCGACUUCCAAAAGCAUAUCACGGAUGCGGAAAUUCUUAUAACCACGCCCUUCCAUCCUGGAUAUCUCACGGCCGACCUUUUUGAGAAGGCCAAGAAAUUGAAGCUUUGUGUGACUGCUGGCGUCGGUUCUGACCACAUUGACCUGAACGCUGCUGUGAAGCAUAAAGUUCAGGUUCUGGAGGUCUCAGGUUCUAACGUGGUCUCCGUUGCCGAGCAUGUCAUCAUGAGCAUGUUGUUGCUUGUUCGCAACUUUGUUCCCGCUCAUGAGAUGAUUGAACGUGGGGAUUGGCAAGUGUCAGACAUUGCGCGCAAUGCGUUCGACCUUGAGGGCAAGGUCGUCGGCACAAUUGGAGCUGGUCGCAUUGGAUAUCGCGUCCUUCAGCGCCUUGUGCCCUUCGACUGCAAGGAACUGCUAUACUACGAUUACGCCGCUCUUCCCCAAGCUGCCGCUGAUGCUGUGAAAGCCCGUCGCGUAGAGGAUCUCAAGGAAUUCGUCUCACAGUGUGACGUCGUCACCGUCAACUGCCCCUUGCACGAGGGAACGAAGGGCCUCGUCAACGAAGAACUCCUCUCACAUUUCAAGAAGGGAGCCUGGCUUGUUAACACUGCCCGAGGUGCCAUCUGUGACAAAGAUGCCGUCGCAAAGGCACUCAAGAGCGGACACCUUUCUGGCUACGCUGGUGACGUCUGGAACGUCCAGCCCGCACCCAAAGACCAUGUCUGGCGCACGAUGAAGAACCCUCUCGGCGGCGGUAACGGCAUGGUUCCUCACUACUCUGGCACGACCUUGGAUGCACAAACUCGCUACGCUAAUGGUGUCAAGAGCAUCCUCGAGAACUACUUCGACAACAAGCCUCAAGAACCCCAGAACAUCAUCGUCGGCCUGGGCAAGUAUGAGACGAAGGCUUACGGUCAGCGCUGA